GCGGCGGUCUCCCACUCCUUCGCCGGAAGCGAGAAGGCUGUCAGCUGUUGCUACCGUAGCGGCCGGUGGAGGCGAAAAAUACGCGAAUAGCGGCACAACGCGUCGCAAAUUCGAUGAUCGUCUAGAUUACGUUGCAGGGGGUCGUGCAGAAUCGCGAGGAUGUCGCGCACGAGAGCGGAGAAGAACGGUAACGGUGGCAAGUGCGAGGUUAGCGUAUGGACACGUGCGAUCACGGCGAACUCGGAAUGGCCGGACAAGGAGGAGUUCCUCGACGUGAUAUAUUGGGCCAGGCAAGCGAUCGGUAUUAUUGUCGGUAUAGGAUGGGGCCUUAUACCUCUGAAAGGUUUUAUAGCUCUAUUGUUAUUCAUAAUAGUCAAUGCAGGAAUUACAUAUUUAUACUUUAGCAGUUUUCAACAAAUCGAUGAAGAAGAAUUUGGUGGCAUAUGGGAAUUGACGAAGGAAGGAUUCAUGACCUCUUUCGCUGGUUUUUUGGUGACUUGGAUUAUUAUAUAUUCCGGAUUGCAUUUUGACUGAUUUACAUUAUAAAUGGUGGAUACAUAAAGAGCAAUAGUUUUUCAUAUAAAUCAUUGCUGCUGCCAAAUUUAUUACGCAAUAGUCAUAUCCUUGUAAUAGGUAUCGUUACAUACUGAAUUCUUGCAUACUGUUACAUACUGUUACAUAUACAAUAUAUUCACCUGUAUAAAGAUCUUCUUACCUUCUCA